AUGUCUGCACCUGCUUCUAGGGAGCCUCUAUGGUUCUGUCAUGAAUGCCAUGCAGAGAUGAGACCGCUAAUGGUACCCGACCCUGUAUGCGCGUCCUGUCAUGGCAGCUUUGUGGAGAAGAUGGAGAACGAGGCAGACGACCCUCGUCAAUUCGCACACGAUAUUGGAGGAGAACAUCUAGAUGGUCCCGAGGAUGGUGAACCCGGGCCAAUGCCACUGGAAGGCUUGUUUUUCGCCCUGCAAGCUAUGAUGGAUCGAGGUAUUCCACGGAAUGGAUCUCCGAGACCAUCUGGAGCUGCUCCUGCAGUUGCAUUUGAAAUGAGAGGGCCUGGAGGACGGACAGUACGGAUAGGCGGAACAAACAUUCUAGGGGGUCCACAUAAUGGUGUGCCCAGUUCACGGCCAGAUAGUCCGAACGCUAUUCCUAACAUGUCUACUUUUCUAGGAGGAUCUAACCCACAUGCUUUUGGUGGCGCAGGUGGUCGAGAUAUCAGUGGUCCAUUAAUGGCCCAAUAUCUAAUGGCGCUUCUUGGUCACCAUGAAUUGCAUAUGCCCGGAGGGAUUCCAGAAAACGGACGGAUGGGUGACUAUGUGUUCAACCAAGAGGCUCUAGAUAACAUCAUCACUCAAAUCAUGGAAAAUUCCAACAGUCAUCGUCCAGUUCCAGCUACAGAAGAGAUUAUCCAGAAGCUACCUCGAGAAGUACUAGAGGAAGGAAGUGCUACUUUAGAGCAUGAUUGUGCUGUGUGCAAAGAGCAAUUUAAGCUCGAAUCAGAGGAUCCAGACGAGCAAAUUGUAGUGACAUUACCAUCACAACCGGAACAACACCCCCCACCGCCUCGGAAUCCUGGAGCAAAUACAUCUGGCGGCAGUGGAAGCAGACCCCAAAGUCCAGGGUCGAAUGCAUCCAAUCAACGCGACUCCGGCUCCGGUCCAGGUCGAGAACAAGGUGGUGGCGGCAUUUUUCAAUCCAUUUUUAGUGGGCUAAGUGGGCUGGCACACCACAAUAACUCCAACCAGGAUAGUCAUAGCACCCCAUCGACUGGGAACAGAAGUGGGGCGAGGUCGCCUCCGCGAUCAAAUACUCAGGCUCGACCCGAGUCACCAUCGCACUCGCCGCACCGUCGGUCCAAUUCAGACCCAUUUUCGCGUUCAAGGAAUUCUCCAUCUUCGAAUUCUAAUUCACGUUCUAGUGGAGGGCAGGGUCAGAGUAGGGGAAACCCCAAUGUUCCCGGAAGCUGGUCCGAAGAUUUGGAUUAG